AUGCCUCCUCCACGGAUAAUGUCUUCCAUACUACGAGCGCGUCCCCAAUCGCAAGCACAAUGUCUCCGCCGAUUCGCAGCAUCCCGUUUUGCAUCAACCACAUCACCAGGACCUGAUCCGUCGAAACCAGUCGUACCAUGGAAAACACCCACGAGCGUCUGGUCGCCCGAGAAUCUCAUACCACCCCCAAAAGAUGGCGAAAUCUUGCUCGAGCGACGGCCAAAUCGCGCUUUACCGCCUGUCCCGCCUCUCAUAUCCCCACAAGUCCUCAAAACCUUCCCAAUAUUCAUCAUCGCCAUGGUGAUUACAACCGGCGCUUUCUUCAACUACCAAAAACAAGAAUCUUCAGUCGUCACGUCGACCCUCUACGCAUUACGUACAAACCCCGGUGUGCGCGAACUUCUUGGCGACGAGAUCUACUUCGCAAGUAAAUACCCGUGGAUCAAAGGCGAGAUCAAUCAAGUCCAUGGGCGCAUCGAUAUCAGGUUCUGGGUGAAGGGGACAAAGCGGCAGGGAGAGGUUAGGCUGAGGUGUAGGAGACGAGGACGAGGAGGGCUGUAUGCGACGCAAGAGUGGAGUUUGACUAUGGAUGACGGAGAAAGGGUGGAGUUGUACGAUCCCAAGGGGGAUGCGAUUGAUCCUUUCAGUGAUCCGAUUGGGGAGGACAUGUAA